CUCUUCCCUCCCUCUUUUCUUCAUUACGUUCCAUUCUUUCACUCUGUUGCACUUACCCCAAACAAACCCUCCUUUGGGUUUUCUUUAGUCUUUCCUUUUUGCGGGGUUCAAAACCCUUGUUAUCCCCCUUCCAACACCAUUUUUUUUUUUUUGCUUAAUCUUGUGAUUUGCCAAUCUUGAUUUGUCUUUCGUUAGAAAAAAGUUGGAAAUUUUAUUAGUUUCGAGGGUUUUCUUCACUUUUUAAAUGCAAUUUACCAAGAUUUGCUUCUCAGCAUUUGCUCAAUUGGAUGGUUUUAUCAUAACUCAUUUUGAUUUCUUGGCUAAUGAUUGCAACUUUGUUUAAAUUCUUGGUUUAAAGAUUGCAACUUUGUUCAAAUUCUUAGCUUAAAAAUUGGAACUUUGUAGUGGUGAAGAGGGAAGAUGAAUAGUGUUUUUAAUGAGCAGAUACUUGCAGACAAGCUUUCGAAGCUCAACAGCACUCAGCAGUGCAUUGAAACAUUGUCCCAUUGGUGUAUCUUCCACCGAGAUAAAGCAGAGCUAGUUGUUACAACAUGGGGUAAACAGUUCCACAGUUCCGAAAUGGCUCAAAAAGUCCCUCUACUGUACCUGGCAAAUGACAUCCUACAAAACAGCAAGCGUAAAGGAAAUGAGUUUGUUACCGAGUUUUGGAAGGUUCUUCCUUCAGCACUAAAGGAGAUGGUCGAAAAAGGAGAUGACCAUGGAAAGAAUGUAGUUUCCAGAUUGGUUAAUAUUUGGGAAGAAAGGAGAGUUUUUGGAUCUCGAACGCAGAGCUUGAAGGAUAUAAUGCUUGGAGAACAGCUGCCACCACCAUUAGAGUUUGGAAGAAAGCGAAGUCGUUCUGUCAGAAUAGUUAAAAGGGACUCGCGGUCCAUAAAAACGAAAUUGACCGUUGGAGGAACAGCUGAAAAAAUAGUGUCAGCAUUUCACUUGGUAAUCAGCGAACAUUCUACUGAAGACGAAGAAAUGAACAGAUGCAAGUCUGCUGUCCACCAUGUUAGAAAGAUGGAAAAGGAUGUUGACAUGGUCCUUACAAAAGCAAAAGAUCCAAAGAGGAAAACCUUGUCCAAAGAACUGGAGGAGGAAGAAAAUAUUCUGAAACAGUGUAUUGAGAAACUUAAAGUUGUUGAGGCAAACAGAUUGACUCUUGUUUCACAGUUAAAAGAAGCACUAAAUGAACAGGAAUCUGAACUAGAGAAUGUUCGGACUCAGAUACAGGUGGCAGAAGCACAGGCGGGGGAAGCCACCAACAUGCGGAAGCAUCUUGAUGAUGAAGAUUAUGUGGCAGACUCAAAGCCUUUGGCUAUAACAUCUACAUCAAAUGACACUUCUCCAAAAGUAGGACAAACGAACAAGAAGACAGCUGCAGCAAUCGCAGCUGAGGUAGCAGACAAACUUACAGCUUCUAGCUCCUCUCAGUAUAUCAUGUCAUCUGUCCUCUCUUCAUUUGCUGCAGAGGCGGCAAAAACUGCCGGGCUGUCAAAAACUUCAUCGCUUCCAGCCACCAACAAUUCUAUUUCACAUCCAGAAAAGUCUCUGUCAGAUUCAAAUGUUUUAAUGCCAGCACAGCCACUUAAUCCUCCGCCUUAUCAGUCAAUGUUGGUUUCUCAUCCCACAGUGCAUAGUCAAAUGCCAAAUUCUCAGGGUCAAUAUCAUUCACUCCCUAAUCCAACACCCCAGCAGUAUUUACAGCCAUCGGCAGGAAUGGUGAGCCCUUACGGUUAUGGGAGUAUGCCCGCCUUGCCAUCUGUACCACCUCCUCCAGCACCUCCAUCGUAUAUGACUACAAUGGUGCCUUUAACACAGCAACAAUUGUCAAUGGUGCAGCAGCAGCAGUCUUUAGCGCAACAGCAGCAAGUACCAUUACCUCAACAAGCUCUACCUCCUAAUUUCCGUCCUUUGCAACCUCCUGGGAUGGUGUACUAUGCUCAACCGCAUCAUUCACAAUGAGGAACUCUUCGUAUGACUAUCAAAAAUCGUAUAAGAAACAACAAAUUUCAGGACAUGAAGUGUUAUAUGCUGGAGAAGAGCGGCUGAUAGUGCAGGUAAUAGAUUAUCAUUAGUGCUUAAUUUUCCAUCUUCAAGUCUGUUUAGAAAUCUGUGAUGGUUAGUGUCUUUAUCCAGUGUUGUCAUAGUUGUUCCUUGGCAAUUUUUUCUCCCUCAUUUUCUGUUUUUCCUUUUCAGCAUACAUGUAACACUAACAUGACGGCUAAGAGGCUGCUGACAAUUUUGUAUUACUAGUUAAACAUGAUAAAAGGACUUGGCUGGCUUUUUUCUCUUC